AUGACGGGCUCCUUGUCAAUACCACUGCAAGCCUCAUCGCUAAAACGGAAACGAGGCCAUGAAUGCGAUCGCGGCUUCGAGCCCAAUGUGCCUCCACCUUUAAACGCGUCGCCCCAAGACGCUGCCGAUCAAACACCCUCGACCACGGCCGAUCCUUCCCCCAAUGAACCCAAUGUACAGAUAGGCGGCUCUACCAAACCUACAGCUGCUAAAAAAAAGGGUAAAGGGAAAAAAACGACCUCAAAGCCGUCGAAGCCCGCGAAGCGAACUCCAUCUGCGCCAUUGCCAGAUGCCUUUAAGCGCCUCUCGCAAACCCAUCGCGCCUUGAAUCUCGUUUAUACGUUUUGCUGCACGCGAAAGCACUUUGCCACCACAUUUGACAACAUUAAAAAGGCAGUCCAAGCUCAACUUGGUCAAGGGCGGGAACUCACUGUUGAGGAUGUGGCACGCGUGAAAGUCAUAGUCCCCGGAGCGGUCCGGUUCGAAUAUGUGGACGAGGCCAAGUUGGAAGUAAUGACUGCUGGAGAUGAAGAGAUAACUCAGUAUGGGUUACAUAAGCGAUCUAGUCUCGCAUUUGCGGCAGACAUGGACACAGCCGAAGACGCCAGAAGUGACGAUCUAGACGACACAAAGCAAGUUCUGCUAUUUGAGUUUAUGGAUGGUGAUCUGAAGCGGGAAGUAAUGAACCCGAAGACUGGGGAACCUAUGAAACCUAUACGUCGCAUGAAAGACGAUGAUCUGAAAAUGCCCGUCUACAGCCAAAAGCAGAUGCUGGGCUUGAUUGAAAAACGAAAUGCCAAGUUUUCAGAUGCUCUAAAUGCAUUUUUGGUUCAAUGUGAGGACAAAAACACUGAUCCAGUGAAUGUUCUUGAACAAGAAAAGAAUGCGUUCCUACCCACCCCUCCAAGCAGCGGGACAAAUACCCCUCUUGCGGCGAAGCCGCCAGCAACAAUCCCCAAGGAGCGAAAGUCCAUUGAGGAAAUCAUUGUAGAGAUUCGGGAGAUGGAUUGGUAUCAUGCACAGAUUGUGCCGGAAGGUCAUCGAGUAUUCGAAGCCCAGUCUCCUGUCUACGGAGAUUUGACAUUCCAGCUCUCGCAGGACCUUGUCAAUGCUCUGUAUAACACAAAAGGAAUCACCCAAAUGUAUGCUCAUCAAACAGAGGCAAUCAACCACCUAUACGACGGCCAUAAUGUGAUUGUGUCGACGUCGACGAGCUCGGGAAAAUCCCUUAUCUAUCAAGUCCCCAUGCUGCACGAGCUAGAAAAAGACCCGGAGAGCAGGGGGAUGUAUAUCUUCCCCACUAAAGCUCUGGCACAAGAUCAGCGCCGCAGCAUGAUGGAUCUACUUCAAUAUAUGAACGGGCUGCAACAUACAAUGGUUGAAACCUUCGAUGGGGACACGUCAAUGGGGAGUCGGAACUUGAUCCGUGAUGAGGCGCGGAUUAUUUUUACCAAUCCCGACAUGCUUCAUAUCACAAUUUUACCACAGGAGAGUUCAUGGCGCACCUUUUUGAAGAAUCUGAAGUUCGUCGUUGUUGACGAACUGCACGUCUACAACGGCCUGUUUGGGUCUCAUGUCGCUUUUAUCAUGCGACGCCUCCGCAGGAUCUGUGCUGCGGUGGGUAAUAGUCAUGUCAAGUUCAUAUCUUGCUCUGCCACUGUUGCAAACCCGGAGGAUCACAUGAAGUCUGUCUUUGGGGUGCAGGAUGUGAAACUCGUCGAUUUCGAUGGAUCUCCCUCUGGUCGCAAGGAGUUUGUUUGCUGGAAUACGCCAUUCAAAGAUCCCAAAGAUCCUUCCUCUGGGCGCGCUGACACUGUCACUGAGACUGCAAGGCUGUUUUGCCAGCUGAUCCUCAGGGGCGUGAGAGUUAUUGCCUUCUGUCGAAUUAGGAAGCUAUGUGAGAUUCUCUUACAAGGCGUGCGCGCCGAGUUUGAUAGACUCGAACGAACAGAGAUCGGUAACCUAGUAAUGGGCUACCGAGGCGGUUAUAGCCCUCAAGAUCGACGUCAAAUCGAAAAGGAAAUGUUCGAGGGAAAAUUGAUGGGAAUCGUGGCUACCAACGCCCUGGAACUGGGCGUUGAUAUUGGAUCCCUGGAUGCAGUGAUCACCAUGGGGUUCCCAUACUCGAUCUCCAAUCUACGACAACAAAGCGGCCGCGCUGGACGACGUAAUAAGGACUCCCUAUCCGUUCUAGUCGGGGACAGAUACCCAACCGACCAACACUACAUGCAGAAUCCUGAUGAAAUAUUCACACGGCCAAAUUGCGAGCUACAGAUCGAUCUAUCCAACGAACUUAUACUCGAAGGCCACGUCCAAUGUGCUGCAUUUGAAAUGCCUAUCCGCCCCGAAGAAGACAGCAUCUACUUCGGACAACAGCUCCUUGCCCUGGCCCCAACCCGCCUCACUAAAGAUCCACUCGGCUUUUACCACUGCCACCCGCGCUUCCGCCCACAGCCCUCCCGCAGCGUCUCAAUCCGCGACACCGAAGACCAACACUUCGCCGUGAUAGACACAACCAACAACCGCAACAUAGUCCUAGAGGAAGUCGAAGCCUCGCGCGCCUUCUUCACAAUCUACGAAGGCGGGAUCUUCCUUCACCAAGGCACAACCUAUCUCGUCAAAGAACUAAACACCGAAUCCUUCCUAGCGCGCGUUGUCCGUGUUCAAGUCGACUGGAAUACCAUGCAACGCGACUUCACCGACAUCGACCCCGUCGAAACCGAAGCAAUGCGACUAGUCAGCAAUGACCCCUCCGCCUCACGUGCCUUCUUCGGCGCAAUCCAAAUCCACGCCGUAGUCUACGGCUUUUUUAAAAUCGAUAAACGCGGCCGCGUCCUAGAUGCCGUCGCCGUUGAUAACCCGCCUAUCGACCGCCUUACCAAGGGUAUGUGGCUCGAUGUCCCAACACGAGCUAUCGACAUCCUACAAUCGCACCGGCUAAACAUAGCCGCGGCCAUUCACGCCGCUGAACAUGCCGUGCUCUCCCUCCUACCCUCCUUUGUCGUCUCUUCGCCCGGUGACGUUCGCACAGAAUGCAAAGUCGCGAAGAAAGAGCUAGGCAGGCCGCUGCGCCGUGCCAACGUGCCCAUUGAGUUCGAGGAGAAGCUUAAACCGCCUUCGCGGCAGAGACCUGCUCGACUUACCUUCUACGAUGCAAAAGGUGGGUCAUGUGGUUCUGGGAUCGCUAGCAAGGCGUUUGAGUUUAUUGGGUUGCUUCUUCGGCGGGCGGUUGCGCGUAUCGAGGCUUGUUCUUGUCUUUCGCCGCAGGGAUGUGUGGAGUGUGUUUGUGAUGAGAGAUGUAAGGAAAUGAAUGUUGUUAUGAGUAAGGCUGGUGCUGGGGUUAUACUGCGGUGUUUGCUGGGGUGGGAGGUUGAUGUUGAUGCCUUACCGUGGGGGGAGGAUGUGGAGGGGGACGAGCUUGGAGUUGGAGGUGCUGGGGAGUUGGCUGGUGGGUUGGAGACUGUCGUGAGGGCCGAGGAGGUUCCGUGGAAGGCUGGAUGUCGGGUUGAUUGUUGA